AUGGGGGGUGUCAGGAUUCCUGCCGUGACGUCACCCAGGGCCCAGGGGGGACGCCUGGCGACAGCUGUGGGCGCAGAGGGGAGUGGACCCCAGAAGAGGAAAGGCCAGUCACUGCACAGUGGCUCCCGCCGCCGUGGCCCCAUCGCGCCGGGCCACUGCCGGGAAAGCACCAAGCCCCACCAAGCUCCUCUAAGCUCCAAGCCACCCCGGCUCCUGUACACGGCGACCCGAGUAGCCGCCCCUGCCAGCCCACUGAGUCACCAUGAGGACCCCCAGGGUCUCGCAUGGGGAGCAGUCAGGACACUGGGCAGGAUCUCGCUCCUGGGACGGCCAAGGACGGGCUCUGAGGAGGGCACAGCUGUGCACCCUGGGCCGGGCAUGCAGGCCACGGCUCUGAGUGGCCCUGCCGGCGUCCACCUCCCACAGUGCCUGGCAGGACCCGACCUGAGCCGGACCGUCCAGCCCGAGGCUCCAGCCUAG